AUGGCGACGGUGAUCAUCAGCAAAGUUUCAGAGUGCGUCACUUCGUUGCUGGGCGUGAUUAUGAUGGGUCUCACCGGAGAUCGUCUGGGGCUGUGGUACGACGAGCCUAAGCACUGGAAGACGAGGCGUGGGGAGGAAGAGAAUGCAUCAGCAGUUACGUGGGAGGUGGGGACGGCGUACCGAGUGGCGCUCACGUUGCAGAAAGGCGGCUGCUCGGCGUACGUCGACGGGCAGCUUGUGGGGAGUUUGGGGGAUCAAAGCGUAUCUCCUUUGGAAGCUCCAUUCCUCUGGAGUUGGUCUUGGGCGGCCUCCGCUGGGAAUGUCAUCUGA